UGACAGGAUAUGGAUUUCUUGCAAAAUAGUUAACCCGGACUUGCCGAGGUUUUUGGCGUUGUGUGUGGGUGAGGCUCGAGUCCGCUUUGACCUACAGGAGCCAUUUAGGCCCCGGGCUCCUAAAAGCAAUGAGGAGAAUUCCAAAAGACCUCCUCCGAGUCCCUCUACCCUGCACCUCCUCUCUCAGCUGCUGUCAUUCCACAUUGACUCUAUAAAUGUGAUGGUGUUGAAUCUGGCCCUGCCUGAGUCCCUCUGGCACAUGACAUCCUCUGCCAUCACUUUGCUGCUGGAUCAUCAAAGUAAAAGGUUGGCCUGGGAUUUCUCAGUGGGACAACUUAGCAGUAAAGUUCUGAAGAGCAGCAGACUGCAGGACACGUGUCUGGCUGAGGUAUCGCUGAGUCUGGCCCUGAAUGGUGACGUGAGUCUGCCUGGUCUCAGGCCGGGUCGUCUGGGACUGUGUGUGAGAACUCUGCUGGCUGAGCUUCACGAGGGCCUGUUCCUCAGCCAGCUCCCCAAACCUCCAGGAGCUGCUCCUGCUGUCUGCACAGCUCACACUGCAGAUGACAAAGAAGACCCUUACAUCCAAACUGAAGCAAUUGAGCGUCUUCACAACCUGAUUCCACAGAAGGUCAAUGUGGAUUUUGAGAACACUAAUAUCACACUCUCCAUGCACAGUCAGAAGAGACUUUUGAACUGGACUUUAAAAUCUCUGAAGCUGGGUUAUGAUCGUGAUGAUGAGCAGCUUCCUCUGAAGAGUUUCUCCCCUGAGCUCAGUUUCCCACAGAGCCGUCUGGAGCUUCUGCUGGAGGAUGGUCUUUUACUGUCACAAAGCCGACAGAGAAUUUUAUGUCUGAACACACUCAGAACAAUACUGCAGGUGACAUCUGUUGACAUCUCUAGCACGGUCACCGUCAACACUUGUAUCAUCCACUACCGUCAUCAAGAGUUCUCCCAUUGGCUGGACAUGUUAUCAUGGGACCAGCUCUCGCAUAAAAAAACGACUCGUAAAAAAAGGCGUUUCCCUCAGCUGGACGCUCCCCUGAUGAUAAACUCUUCCGUGUCUAAUGUCAAUGUGUCAGUGCAGUUGGGAGAUACGCCACCCUUUGCCCUGGGCUUCAUCUCAGCCAACACUGAACUGCAGCACUUGUUGGGCUCAGAAGAGGAUGACGUGAAGAGUCUGACUGUGACUGAGAAAGCCUCUCUGUCCCUGGAUCAUUUCUGGUGGCGUGUGGGCCAGGGUUCCCAUAUCCAGCAGGCUCCUCACCCAGCUGGAAAACAUGUCUGGGGGGAAGCCCUUAUCCUAGACUCUCUCACACUGCAGGGCAGCUAUAGUUCGUCGAGGACGGUGAACUCCAGCCCUUCUGGGAGCGCUUGUAUGGAGUCCAGUCUGAAAGGCCUGCAGCUGGAAGUGUCCGAGACCUGCACUCUGUGUCUGUCACGUCUGUUCUCCGUUCUCAAACUGGACAAAGCAGAGAACGUCUCCUCACAAUCCACUCCAGAAAAGCCUUCAACCCGUCUACCACCUCUCUUUAAGUUUAAACUCAAUCUUGAGGAUGUAAACACAUUCACACUCUCCAAUGUGGCAGGGGCUGUUGCAUUGAGGGUGGACACAGUGGAAGCUGAAGGAUCGGGGGAGAAUUCGAAUGUUUCUGUCCAAGGUGUUUCUUUGGCUGUGGUGAAGGCCCUCAAUGAGAGUAUGGAGCCCUGCUGCCCAGCCACCCAAACUCCCAACCCCAUCCUGACCCUAACAGCAUUUACUGUCUCCUACCACAUCAGCGGCCGCAGUCUGGAGGUGCGGAGUGAAAACGCUUUAACAGUGCAGUGGACAACAUUGGAUCACAUGUUUUUGUAUCAGCACAUCACAGAGAGUCAAAGAUAUUGGAAGGUGCUGUCUGAAUCUCUAAGGCUACAACAGAAGGAUGGAACAGAGUCUGCAGCCUCUUCAUCUGGCAUGUUAGUUUGUGUAGAAUUGGCAAGCACACAGCUCACCGCCCAUGUGGCCGAGACAAACUUCAUCACCUUCAGUGCAGAAGCACUGUCGUUCUCCAAACGGCCCGGAGCCGUGCUGAUGAAAACUCCUCAUUUGGUGUUCAGCUUUGAUGGCAACGACAUCUUCUCCUUUUCUGGAGCCGAGGUGCAGAUGCUGGAUGAGCUUGAGGUGAUGCAACAGCACAGAUCUCAAUUCCCUUUCCUCCAAACAUCUUGCAAUCGCACUUGGCUCUUCACUGCACCCAACCUUGCCAUCGAGUUCCCUUACCAGUACAACUUCUCCGACACUUUCGAUAAGGCCAUCAGCGUGCAGAAGUGGCUGAAGACCCUACACAGCAGUGCCGCCCCAUCGACAGAACCUUGCCGCCUUCCGCCGGACCUACUGGUCCGCAUCAACCAGUUCUCCUUUGUGUUCCUGGACGAUGUCUUUGAGAUCAAACUACGCGACAAUUACGAGCUAAUGAAGGACGAAAGCAAGGAAAGCUCCAAGCGCCUGCAGCUGCUGAACAAGAAAGUGGCCGACCUACGCAAGCAGCACGGCGAGCUCCUGCCGGCCCGUAAGAUCGAGGAGCUCUACACCUCCCUUGAGCGCAAGCACAUCGAGAUCUACAUUCAGCGGUCCAAGCGGCUGUACUCCAACACGCCCAUGCGCAAGUCCCUGCUCACCUGGACGGUGUCAGAUUUGGAGCUGGUGGCGCUUGCGGAUCAGUCGUUGCACGGGCCUGAGCGGAUCCGAGAGCAGCUGCGGGACAUCGAUGGCAACAGCCCCUUCCCCAGAGACUGCCUGCAGCUGGUGAUACAGUGGUGCCGUGCUUUUAAAUUCAAGCUUAAUGCAUUUCUGGUGCGAAUCCGGGACUAUCCUCGUUACUUGUUUGAGAUCAGAGAAUGGUCGCUGUCGGGACGUCUGAUGGGCACCGAGCAGGACGGGCAGCUGAGAGCAAAGCGCAAACAGGUGGUCCAACUCGGCCAGCCAUGGGGUGACGUGACCGUUUACAGGAAUAUGCCACCACUGAAGUUCUACUACGACAUCCAUUCAAAUAUUUUCCUCUACACUAUUGUGUGGGGGCCGUGCUGGGAUCCUGCUUGGACGCUGAUUGGCCAGGCUGUUGAUUUACUGACCAAACCCACAGCUGACCCAUCCCCCCUUCUGACCUGGUGGGAUAAAAGCAGACUACUUCUGCAUGGCCGCUGGGUGAUGGACAUCGAACAGGCCAACCUGCAUCAGCUCGCUACUGAGGACCCGUACAACACCACGGAGAACCUGCACUGGGAGUGGAUCAAGCUGAACUUUGACUGGAAUCCUGGGCAGUUUGUCUUCAAGGGUGACCUGGACGUCAACGUUAGAACAGCCUCCAAGUAUGAUGAUAUCUGCUUCCUGCACCUCCCGAGCCUUUGUAUGACCCUUGACCUCCAAUGGUUAUGCCAUGGUAAUCCACAUGACCACCAUGCCGUAAUGCUCUGUGCUGUGGAGAGCGUUGCGGAUGUCACCUCAGGCCAGCCACACGACUCCUACAGGGCCUUCCGCUCUGAAAACCUCAACCUCUCCAUCACCAUGGACCUCGACCAGCACUGUGGCAAAGAGCCCAGUCAGCCCAGAAUCCUCCUCUACAGCAGCACCCUGCGUUGGAUGCAGAACUUCUGGGCCACGUGGACCAGCGUGUCCCGGCCCAUCUGCAGAGGCAAGCUCUUCCACAGCCUCAGACCCAUCCGCAGGAAGCUCGGCCAGCACUACAAACAGAUGUCCUAUACUGCAUCUUUUCCACAGCUACAGGUCCAUUACUGGGCAUCAUUUGCUCAGCAGAGGGGCAUUCAGGUCGAGUGCAGUAAAGGUCAUGUCUUCACCAGAGGAGCACAGAGGCUCAUCCCACAGGCUGGCACUGUGAUGAGACGACUGAUCUCCGAGUGGAACGUUACUCAGAUGGUGAGCGAGCUCUCUCUGGUCACCGUGCACCUCAUGGCCUCCACAUGGGAUGAGACAGCCGACCACCAGAUCAAUGCCCAGGUGAAGAAGACCCACCUGCUCAGCCUGUCCUCACUCAGCUACCAGAGACAGAGCAACCGCAUAGAGGAGUUCGGGGAUGAACUCUGUGCCCUUGAUGCACUCUUCUGCCAAGAUUGGAACCAGCCUUCCCAAGUGCAGGAGACCCAGCAGGUCCAGCGUAUCAUCUCUCGCUGUAGCUGUCGCAUGUACUACAUCGGGUACAGCCACGACAUCGACCCUGAACUGGCCACCUCCAUCAAACCGCCAGAGAUCCGUGACCGCCAUGAGAAGGAGGACCUUUUAAAGAAACAGGCUGGUGCAGUCGACACUUUCACCCUCAUCCACAAUGACCUGGAGAUUUCCACCAAUCCAGUGCAGUACUCCAUGAUCUUGGACAUAGUCAAUAACCUGCUGCUCCACGUGGAACCCCGGCGCAAGGAGCACAGCGAGAGGAAGCAGUGUGUGCGUUUCCAGCUAGAGAUCUCCAGCAACCCUGAGGAGCAGCGUAGCAGUAUCUUGCACCUUCAGGAAGCGGUACGCCAGCAUUUGGCUCAGAUCCGUUGCCUGGAGAAACAGAUCUACUCCAAUAUGAGGUCCCAGUCAGAAGAGUUCAGAGGAGACGAGCUGUCGGACAUCAACCUGCGCCUGCAGAAUCAGCUCAACCAAGAGAAGACGGACAUGCAGAUGAAGAGUGAGGAGCUCAACAUCCUCAUCCGAUGUUUUAAGGACUUCCAACUGCAAAGAGCAAACAAACUGGAGCUGCGUAAACCCCCAGAAGACGUUAGCGUUGUGCGACGUACCGAGUUCUACUUUGCUCAGGCACGCUGGUGUCUCACAGAAGAAGAUGGACAGCUGGGUAUAGCUGAACUUGAACUGCAGAGGUUCAUUUACAGCAAGUUGAAUAAGUCUGAUGACACAGCAGAACAUCUCCUGGAAUUGGGCUGGUUCACCAUGAAUAACCUGCUUCCCAAUGCUGCAUACAAGGUGGUUUUGCGCCCUCAGAGCCCCUGCCAAUCAGGACGCCAGCUCGCCCUCCGUAUCUUCAGUAAGGUCCGCCCCCCGGUGGGAGGGAUUUCCGUCAAAGAGCACUUUGAGGUAAAUGUGGUACCACUCACCAUUCAGCUCAUGUACCAGUUCUUCAAGAGGAUGAUGGGAUUUUUCUUCCCUGGAAGAAAUGUGGAAGAAGAGGAAGUUGGGGAUGAAGAAGACAAGUUUAGAUUGGUUACUACAGGUGUCGUGAAACCCAGGCAGCUCUCUGAAGACUCCAUAGGAGGGCUUGGACCCGGGAAAGGGGUGGCGCAAGGGUUAAAUCGAACCGCUGGUGUCAGGAGGUCAUUUCGCAAACCACCGGAGCAUCCCGUUGAUGACAUUGAUAAGAUGAAAGAAAGAGCAGCCAUGAAUAAUUCUUUCAUCUACAUCAAGAUUCCUCAGGUUCCCCUCUGCGUCAGUUACAAGGGAGAGAAGAGCAGUGUAGACUGGAAGGAUCUGAACCUGGUUCUGCCCUGUCUGGAGUAUCAUAACAACACCUGGACCUGGCUGGACUUCGCUAUGGCUGUGAAGAGAGACAGUCGUAAGGCUCUGGUCGCACAGAUGAUAAAGGAGAAGCUGCGGUUGAAACCUGCCUCAGGCUCAGAGUCUCGAAGUAAAGCGACGGAUGGGAAAACGGACAGCAGCCUCCAGCAGCAGGUGGAAGACGAAAAAGCAAGACUUCUGAUCGGCUUCAGCACCGCCGACAAGAGCUCCAGCAAAAAGAGCAUCUUCAGUCGCCGCAAGUGAAGCUCCUUCACAGAGAUGCUGGUCUUGAAGAAGUGCUGCUGUACUUUACCGUGUCCCAGUCCGCAGGAGAAGGGACGGAUGAUGAUAACCAAACCCAGUCCGAGGUCUCUCUCCUCUUCACCAGUGGUGCUUUUAAACGUCCGCGCUGGGUGUGGACACAGGAACCAGCACCAUGGUCAAGCCAUGACUGCAGGCGCUGGUCCUGCUAUGGAAGAAGGGAUUGUCAUUCUACUGUCUAAUAUGAGUGUUGUACACCUGACAUUGUUUUUAUGUGCUCCUGUUGUGCCAUAAAUCAUUUCAGUAUAUUUAAAUUAACUACAUACAGCAUUAAAUCAUCUUUAUUAAAGGGAUAGUUCACCAAAAAAUGAAAAUUCUGUCAUUAAUUACUCACCCUCAUGUC